AAAAAUCACCUCUCUUUCUGUUUUUAGGAGAUCAAUGAUCUGUUGAUUAAGGAAAAGAUUAUGCAACUUGUCCAGCAGAGAUCACAAAUCCAAACCCUUCAGAAGAAGGUAGUAAACUUGGAGACUGCUCUGGGUUACAUGACCAAAGAGUUUGAGAGUGAAGUUUUAAAACUGCAGCAACACGCAAUGAUAGAGAACCAAGCGGGUCAGGUAGAAAUUGACAAGCUGCAGCACCUUCUUCAGAUGAAGGACAGGGAAAUGAAUCGUGUGAAGAAGCUGGCCAAGAACAUACUGGAUGAGAGAACAGAAGUGGAAAGAUUCUUUUUAGAUGCUCUAUACCAAGUGAAGCAACAGAUCCUAAUUAGCAGGAAGCAUUAUAAGCAGAUAGCACAAGCUGCUUUCAAUUUAAAAAUGAGAGCAGCAUGUGCAAGAAGAACAGAAUAUCCCAAAAUCAGAACAUUUGAUGGCAGAGAGCACAGCACCAAUAGUGUGAAUCAGGAUCUUCUGGAGGCCGAAAAAUGGUACUAGCAAUACUUUAUCAUCUUUUUUGCUGCUAUUUUUGUGUCCUUUACAGAAAUAGGAAGUCUGAAAAGUUUAGUUUUAUAAUAUUCAAGUAUUGAAUAGAUUUCUCAGUAGGUUACUUGAGGACAGGAACUGACUUAUUCAUCUUUGUAAUCUCUAGGCUUAGCAUAGCAUGUGGGGCUUUGGAUGUAUUCUUAGUACAUUCCCCUCUGUCUCAUGAUAGAAGUCUUGUUAAGGAGACUAUUUGUACUAUAGGUUGUUUUUUAUUUAAGAUAUAUAAGGUCAUUAUAUAUCUUUUCACUUGUUCCUUUGUUUCCCGUAAAUUGGAAAUUUGUUAUAAAAGCCUGAUUAGAUUCAGGUGAAAUUUUUUUUUUUUUUU